AUUCUUCGAGACUUCCAAAACGCAAAACGUGUGCAACAUGAAGCCCUCGAAAUAAGUGAACGCACUGGAAAGAAGAGCGAAAAAAUUAUGAUUUACCGGAAUCUCGGUGACAUCCACACAUCUCUCAAAGAAUUUGAAAACGCAGAAAAAUGGUACAUGAGGGCACUCUCGAUGAGUAAAGAGCUGAGAAACAAGAGUGGAGAAGCCUUCACGUAUAAAGGCUUAAGAGGUUUUUAUCAUGGUAAAAACGACUAUGCGAAGGCUGAAACGUACGCCAGGAAGGCACUCGAGGUUUACACGGAAAUCGGUGACAAGAAAGAGGAAGGUACUUUAAAUUGCGUACUUGGAACCCUCUGCCAUUUUCUCGGAAGAUACGAAGAGGCAUUAGAAUUCCACUGGCGAUCUUUUGCUAUUUGCAAGAAAAUUGGUGAUAGAAUAGGAGAAGGACAACAAUACGCGAAUCUUGCUGUUGUAUAUCAGUCAAUGGGUGAUUUCUGUAAAGCAAAGCAAUAUUUUGAGCAGGCAUUGAGAAUCAACAAGGAAACGAAUCUCACUCUAGGUCAAGGAAUAGACUACGGCAAUCUUGCAACUAUCUAUCGACAUCUUGGUGAUAAUGCCAGAGCACAGGAGUGUAGUGAAAAGGCACUAGAGUUAAAGAGUGGAACCGGCUUGCAAGAUACCACACUAUCCGAGUACCUUCACUUGGGAAUUUCCUGUCAGAAUCGUGGACAAUACGUGCAGGCCAAAGAACAUUUUGAGAAGGGUCGAAAGAUAGCGAGAGAGGUUGGUGAAAGAAGUCAGGAGGGAUCAAUUUUAUCCGAGUUAGCCGAAUUGGAGUCUAUCACUGGCGAGUCUGAAAAAGCGAAAGCGUAUUUCAAAGAAGCAUUGCAAAUCUUUAAAGACAUCGGAGACAUCGCUCAGGAAGCGUUACAGCUCAAUAAUCUUGGGACUGUUUAUCAAUUGGAAGGCGACAUACCAACGGCCGUAAGAUACCUUGAAAGGUCAUUGCAGAUCUUCAAACAAAUUGGAAACAAACAUUUUGAAAGUGUUGUUCUGGGAGCACUUGGAGAUCUGUAUAAUUCGCAAGGCGAAUAUGAAAGGGCCAUGCAACAAUACCAACAAGGAUUAAACAUAGUGAAAGAAACUAAAGGGAAAACAGUGGAAGCGAAAAUCCUCAAUUCCUUGGGGAAUUGUUACUUCGAUCAAAAGGAUAUGAAAAAAGCGAUGAUGUUUUUCAAACAGGCACUUUCGUGUUGCGAAAAGAUUGAAGACCUUCGAGGCACAAGCAUUUGCUGCUGUAGUAUAGCAUGCGUUUAUCAUUUGACUCUAGAUCGUGAAAACUUUUGGUUGUAUCUUAAAAGAAGUAUUAGGGCUCUUGAGGAGACACAGAAAUCAAUUGGAGAAAGCGAGUAUUACAAGAUAGGCUUUGCUGACAAACACGAUAGACCUUACAAGUUAAUGGUUACCACAUUGAUCACAUUGAAAAAGUUUGAUCUAGCUUUGUCAAUUGUGGAGCUUGUACGUGCCAGAUCACUUGCGGAGUUGAUGGUAAAGAGAUAUUCUGCACCACCUUUGCCUGACUUGGAUUCCAGCCAAUUGACUUGUUUCCAUCAUACUGUCAGAGAUAAGGAUAAAUCCUGCCUAUCAUUCUAUUUUGCACAAGGAAAUCUUUUCUCUUGGAUUUUAAGGGCUAACCAAGAAACGAUGCUUAAAGCGGACAAAACAGAAGAUUUCCUUGAAAACAUCCAACGUCAAGGCUCACGGUCGACCCAAGACUGGGUAGAAAAUCUUGCAAAUCAGUGUUACAGACAGUUUUUACUUUUGCCAGGCGAACAGUGUGAAGAUCGUUCACUGUUUCCUCUUCAUAAAGAUUUUGACAGACGAUCCCCAGCCGAGCCUCAAGAAAGCCCAAAAUUUGAACAAGGCCAAAACACCUGCCAAGUCAAGGAGAAGAAUGAAGGAAGUUCAAAUGAAGAACCACCCCUCAAAGUGUUGUAUAAAGUCAUCAUCGCUCCUGUGGCUGAUCUUCUGAAAGGAUCUGAGAUAAUUGUCGUCCCUGAUAGUUCGUUAUCCAGAGUUCCAUUUUCUGCGUUGAUGAACGAGAGAGGAGAAUUUUUGGCAGAAAAGUUCAAGAUUCGGUACACCCCAUCUUUGACGACUCUCAAGCUGAUCCAGGACAGUCCUGCAGAUUAUCACAGUGGAAGUGGUGUUCUUAUAGUCGGCGAUCCUGAUGUUGGUACUGUCACGCACCAGGGAAGUGAGUUAACAUUUAGUCCAUUACCGUGUGCUAGAAAAGAAGUUGAAAUGAUUGGAAAGAUUCUUCACGUUCAACCCUUAACUGGUAAAGAAGCUACCAAGGAAGCGGUACUACAGAAGAUACACUCUGUAAGUCUCAUUCACAUUGCUGCACAUGGUGAACCAGAGAGAGGUCAUAUUGCAUUAGCUUCAUCCAACCGAGAGAAGAAUGACUUUCUGUUGACAAUGGCCGACAUCUCCGCAGUCAGAUUGCGAGCCAAACUGGUCGUACUCAGUUGCUGUCACAGUGGAAAAGGACACAUCAAAGCUGAGGGAGUUGUUGGCAUCGCUCGAGCCUUCUUAGGAUCCGGCGCUCGUUCGGUGUUGGCGUCUCUCUGGGCUGUGGACGACGAAGCAACAAUGGAGUUCAUGAAGCAAUUCUACCAGCACUUGGUGAAUGGAAAGAGUACGAGUGAAUCUCUUCAUGAAAGCAUGAAAUGGAUGAGAGAGAACCCAGACUACUCGGAAGUGAGAAAAUGGGCACCAUUCGUGUUGAUUGGAGAUGAUGUGUCAUUCCAAUUCGCCAAAUGAGUGGAAUUCCCGGGAUGGAGAGACAAUUCUUCAUAACUGGAGGAGAAAGUACCAGGUGUCUCAACACAAUGAAUUGUGAACGAUGUCGCUAUUAUGAAGGGACUCUGGGGGAAAAUACAAGUGCAGCUAACGCCUUCAUUCCAUUGAACUGUUAAUUUUGCAGUGUCAAAUUACUUCAAGUUUUACUAGACGAGUCCUUCAUUUUAUUCCUCAGUGAAGAAUCUCAGUAGUAUGCUCAGAGGUGCGAGGACGAAGACAGCUUUAAAGAAAUGCACUUUGAGUCAAAAAAGAAGACGAUUAAGAUAAUAAUUUAUGACAUAAACUACGGUAUCAUACGAGAAUUUCCAGCCCCGAGAAAAGCGGUAAAAACACACGUUAAAAAAAUUACGAUGAAUUUUGUUUCUUUUACGCCAAUCAGCUGCUGAGACGUCACUCGCCUUUUACGCCAAUCGGUCAGGUUGAUAAAUCAAUAGCAAACCUUUACUCUUUGCGAUCCAUAGUUCUGUGCCGAAGUUUUCUCAGAUUAUGGCUGCUAUAACACUGCAAAAUCCGUAUCACUUAAAGAAAAUGACGUUCAAAAUUUCCCUGAAGGGAAAGUUGAGUAAUCAGCGGCUUUGGUGACGGCAUUUCUCGCGGCUGAAACGAAAAUUGACAACUGGAAGAGUUGCCAUAGGUCGAUUUUGUCGCUGAGGGAAAAUUCAUAUUCUGACAAUUUUGUAACUUGAGUGUUACUUCCAUUGUUUGUUUUUGUAAUAAUUCAAGUAAUUUUUUCAUCUUGAGCCGAAUUGGUAACGUACUUUACGAUUUUUCGGAGACUUUGGAUCCUAUUUUUUUCACUCGUUAAUUAAGUCGGCUAUUUUGUCCGUAAAGGGCUAUUCUGUUUAUACACUAAACAAAUUAAUACAUAGGCGUGCUUAGGUAUGAAAUGUAUCUUCAAGUGUUCAACUCGAUGGCUCACGAGUGAGCGCAGCUCGCGAAUGAGCUAUCGAGUCGAACAUUUCAAGAGAAAUUCUAUAUCUACGCGCACCCAUGUAUUAUGUUCUACAAAACGUUGUAAUUAAGUGAAUGUGAAUUGAAAUACUGAUUUGAAAAGCUUUAUUUCUUUAAAAUGUGACUGUCAUGAUUAAUAUUCCUCGUGUG